AUGGUGAUCGAGUCGGUAUUCUGGGUGGUGAGCGAUUACAGAACGGAAAAUCAAGGAGGAUUUGAGGAAAGCGCCGAGUUGACAGAUUUAAGGACAGGUCAAUGGAGUCAAAUCGUGGAAGUUUGGAAGGCGAGCCAAUGUCCUAGAUCUUGCGUAGAAAUCAGGAAAAAGAAGACACUCUUCUCCUGGGGCAACCGUGAUUCGAAGGAAUGGACAUUUGUAUCUGGGAACUUAUCAGGGUGGCCAACAAGGGUUCUUUUUGUAUCUAGAUCAGCUUAUCAGGGUGGCCAACAAGGGUUCUUUGUAGUUGACAAACACGGUGAAAAAAAUUCAAGAGCAUCCAUGCUUCCCAUCCAGUUUUCUGAUGUAAACGUACAAGGGUGA